AUGAUCCCUCUCUCGGUGACAGCAAGCGAAAGCGGGACCGAUAGUAACAGUAGCCCCAAACCAAUCGUCACAACCCCUACUUCGACAACUUUGCCUUUUAUGCCUUCGCCAUCUCUUUCUGACUAUGGUCUUCCCUCGGCCGCUGUCCUGAACCCCAUUUCCAUGUUCAACAAUACUGCUCAACAGCAACAGCAGCAACAACAGCAACAACAGCAACAACAACAGCAACAGCAGAUACUUCAAUUGCAGCAACUCCAACAGCUUCAGCAACUUCAACAGAGCCAGCAACUUCAGCUUCUCCAACAGUACCAGCAGCUCCAGAAUGCUGGAGUCACCUUGGAUGCCAAUGCCGCUCUCUCAGCCCUCAACAACCUUACAUCGACAAACAACCCUCCAACUUCUGCUGCCUCUGUGGUAUUACAACCAGGUUCUCAGACUGUGAGCACUAUUGCUCGACCAGCGAACACUACUACCACCACUACAAAGGCCAAGGGGCGUAGCGGAGCAGUAGCAACAACAGGAGAUGCGGCCUUGAACUCAACCUCACAGUCACUGCAACCCCUCACCCGGGCGACGAACAACAGUGCCCGGGGGAACGUCACCAACUUUUUGUCCAAACUCUACAAGUAA